AUGGCAAGUUCCAAGAAUGUUGUCUUCGACGUUGUCGGCACACUUGUCGGCUAUGCAGAACUGUUCGAUGCCAUUGACGCUCGGCUGGGCGACCGACUUCGAGCAGAAGGCAUCAAGCCGUCCCUACUCGGAUACUGUUGGAUAGAAGUGGCGGAGAGGGAAUACACCUACCUCUCCAUGAGCGGACUGUACAGGGGUUACGCCGAGGUCUUCACGGCCAUUUUCUGGCGCAUGCUCUACAAAGCUGGAAUAGAAGAACCUCGCAAGUUUGCGGAUGCAGAAGAUCUCGCAUUCAUAAUGGAGGGAUUCAAGAAGAUGGGCUUGCGACCUGGAGCCAAGGAGUGCAUCUCCAAAUUGAGGGACGCUGGAUUCACUGUGUGGGCAUUCACCAUGGAGGAUCUCGGUCGAGUCGGGACCUGCUUUGCUAGUGGUGGAGUAGACAUGCCUGCAGAGAACCUCUUAUCCUGCGACACGAGCGCGAUCGGGAAGCCAGACCCGGAGGCCUACAAGCCGUUGCUGAAGCAGCUCAGCACUCCCGGGAAACAAGCUCCAUGGUUUGCGGCGGGACACAUGUGGGACGUGAGCGCUGCGAGGAGGAAUGGAUUCAGGGGAGCGUAUUGUUCCGUAUGGGAGCAGGAACCACUCACAGAUUUGUUUGGCGAGAUGGAUGUCCUCUCGGACACGCUUCCCGAGAUGGCUGACAAGAUCAUUGCUGCAGAGUCCGCCAGCUCCGAACGUAACAGCUAG